CCAAUUGCUUGUAAACGGAACCCAUUCCUAGUGUAGCAGUUUCCUGCCGGAAGUGUUCAUGUGUAGCGUUUUAAUCUGUUCGGGUGCUGUUGUUUAAAUAGGUCGUUGUAACUUCGUAGCGGUGUUUGUGUCACGUGUGACAGUUGUACUCUCAUAUUUGCUUGACUGCUCUGCCUGGCACUCUGUGUUGCAUGAUGAGCGCCGUUCCCCAUGAGCUCGCCAGGCUUUGAAAACGCACCAAGUCAUGUUUAUGACAGAUGCUCUUCGGAGGUCCUUGCGAUGUGCGCUGAGCUGUCCGGCCAGGUCCUUAGCCGGACUGGCGGGCCGUUGGCUAGUUUUGGGUGUGGAGACGAGCUGCGAUGAUACGGGAGCAGCCGUGGUGGACGAGGAGGGCACCGUCCUUGGGGAGUCUCUGCACUCUCAGAAAGACGUGCAUCUAAAAACUGGAGGCAUUAUUCCGGUAGUUGCCCAGAAACUUCACCAGGAGAACAUAGCUAGAGUGGUGCAGGAUGCCUUGGACAGGAGCGGCGUUGUGCCCGGUGAUCUGUCCGCGGUGGCGACCACUGUAAAGCCCGGACUGGCUCUGAGCCUCAGGGUGGGUCUGGAGUACAGCCUGAGCUUUGUGCACAAGCACAAGAAGUCUUUCAUUCCUGUUCACCAUAUGGAAGCACAUGCCCUGACUGUCAGAAUGAUCCAGCCUGUACCGUUCCCCUUCUUGGUGCUACUGGUCUCAGGGGGGCAUGGCCUCUUAGCUAUGGCGAGGGGCGUUGACGACUUCCUGCUGCUAGGCCGAGCGCUGGAUGAGGCCCCGGGGGACACUCUGGAUAAGGUGGCAAGGAGGUUAUCCCUGCAGAGCCAGCCGGAGUGGGCAGUGUGCAGUGGGGGGCAGGCCCUGGAGUGUGCGGCCAGGGCCGGUGACAGGUCCAGGUUCUGUUUCACAUUGCCAAUGGCCCAGCGCUAUGACUGCCACCUAUCCUUCGCUGGCCUCCGGAACCAGGUGACCCGAGCGAUCGAGAUGAAAGAGGAGGAAGAAGGGGUGCGGCCGGGGGAGGUGUUGUCCUGCGCCGGUGACAUUGCAGCGGCCACUCAGCAUGCUGUUGCUGCCCACCUGGCCAACCGCACGCAUCGUGCCAUCCUGUUUAGCAAGACCAGCGGCCUUCUGCCUCAGAAUGGUGCCACCCUAGUGGUGUCGGGGGGUGUGGCCAGCAACCAGUACAUCAGGCACACCUUGAAAAUGGUCACCGAUGCCACUGGCCUACAGCUGAUCUGCCCUCCGCCCGAGCUGUGCACUGACAAUGGGGUUAUGAUUGCGUGGAAUGGCAUCGAAAGACUCAGGGAGGAGAAGGGGGUCCUGACACAUGGUCAACAUGUCGUAUAUGAGCCAAAGGCACCCUUUGGAACUGACAUCACACAGCAGGUAAAGGAGGCAGCCAUCAAGUUACCGCAGCUGAAGCUGGACACGCGUCCAUGACGGAAGUGCUCCUGUUUUCAAUAAAUAUUUAUGCUGCUGUAAAUAAAUUAAAUGAAGGCACUUCUGUUCUUUUCCAGGAAAUGUUUUAGUUAACUAACUUCACAAACUUUAGUUAUUAACGUUACAUCAUUAACUUUAGUUAACACUAGAUUUUAACUUGUGUUGAUAAAAUCUGAUAAUUUUGGGAUGUGAUGCAGCCAGCCAUUGUUUUCCUCUAAACUGAGAUAAAAGAGGAACACAAGACUGAAUGUGAGUGCCAGCACCACGAAACCACACAGGGUUAAGGGUCUUGCUCAGGGGCCCAAUGGGGAAAUCACUCUGCCAACCCUGGAUUUGAACCAGACACCAUCUGAACUCAGGUGCAGCAUCCAAAGCCACUGGUCUUGGUGAACGAUAGCUGGUUGGAGUUCCAGGAUACCCAGGUUGUCUGGCAUUGAGGUAGAAACAAGUUGUCAAGGUUAAGCAGUCUCAUCCAGUCACACCAUGUGACAUUGAUUCUGGUUUUGCUGUCUUGUUGACUGUUUUUUGCGGGGGCUGGGGGGAAUUUAAAGUACAGAUGAUCUGUCUAGAUGUGAACAUCCGUGUGGAGCAGCACAUACUGUAGCCGCAGCGCUCUUGGGAGAUACACGGAGCCUAGCUUUGGAAGGGAAGGUGAGGCCUUGGGCGCAUGUCAUAUCUUUUGUGAGACAGGGGAGAUAUGCAUUUAGGGUCCCACUGGGCUCGGGGCUUCCAGGCAGCUGGCGCGCUGCGUAAUGAGUCGAGCAGACUGGCGGCGGACAGGAUGCACCCUUGUGUGCUGCAGGCAGCGGCAGCAGUGUGAGACUCCCGCCCGGGAGGGGCUUUUCCACAGUGCAGUAAAUCUGUUCCCAGUUCAGCUCCAGAGUGGCUGUCGGGAUCCCCUAGGAGGUUAAUCCUCUAGGAGGAUGGUGUGAGGAUGAGGAGCGCCAUAACAAGCGCAGAGAAUGAGAAUGGCCACUUUUGAGAAGUCACUCUUAAGAGGCAGGCUGAAGCUUGGGGGCCCUGUGUAGCUCUGCAUGAUAAGAUUGUUGGAAGAUCACUGAAUCAAAUCCCUGGGUCAACAAAGCGGUUUCCCUGUUGGGCCCCUGAGCAAGGCCCUUUACUUCUGGCUAACCCUGCUCUCUGAGUUAUGUAUUUAUGUAGCUUUGAAUAAAAUGUGUUUGCCGUAAGUUCUUAAA